CAUUCGGCUUUACUGAGUCUGCGCAAAGCUGCGGGCUCCUCCGCCUGUCCUGUGUGCUCCCACUGUUGUUUCAAGCGAGCGGAGAGAAAACUGAGAUUUUUCUCAGUUUUAAAGCAUAAAAUAUCAAGUUUGUGUUCAUUUCAGUUAAUGAUAGAAAGAAGACUAAUAGAAAAGAAGGGAAAGCUGUAAAAUACGAGGUGAGAAAAGAGAAGAGGUGGAGAAGGACUGGGAGGAGAGAUUUAGCCCAGUGGAAAAUGCUCCGGAUUUGACUUAAAAGAUGUCUGCUGUCAGCAUGGAAGCGACAAUCAUCCUCCCCAUCCUCAAGAAGAAGCUGGCCUUUCUGUCAGGAGGCAAAGACCGGCGCAGCGGUUUGAUCCUGACCAUUCCCCUCAAUUCAGAUCAGACCAGCAUGGAGGAGCUCAGCGCCACGCUGGACUACCUGCUCAGCAUCCCAAGUGAGAAAUGCAAGGCUCGGGGUUUCACCGUCAUCGUAGACGGACGGAAAUCCCAGUGGAACAUUGUGAAGACCGUGGUUCUCAUGCUGCAGAACGUGAUUCCGGCAGAGGUGUCGCUUGUCUGCGUGGUGAAACCCGAUGAAUUCUGGGAUAAGAAGGUCACGCACUUCUGCUUCUGGAAGGAGAAGGACCGCUUAGGUUUUGAGGUGAUCCUGGUCUCGGCCAACAAGCUGACUCGUUACAUUGAACCCUGUCAGCUGACGGAUGACUUUGGAGGAACGCUGGACUAUGACCACAACGACUGGCUCAACAAAAGACUGGUUUUUGAGAAGUUCACCAAAGAGUCGACGUCGCUGCUGGGCGAGCUGUCGGUUAUCAAUGAAGGAGACAAGAGCAGAUCUGUGGACAAAGACAAACCUGCAGACUUGGUGCUCCUGCCAUCCUUCGACCCCGAGACUGUUCUGCAGACCGGACACGAGCUUCUGUCGGAGCUGCAGCAGCGUCGAUUUAACGGCUCUGAGAGUGGAGGAGGAGGAGGAGGGCAGGCAGCUCCUGCUUGGUGCCCCAUGGAAGAGGAGCUUCUGGCUCAGCCUCAGGUGAUGAAGCUGCUGGACUCCCUGAGGGAGCAGUACACUAGAUAUCAAGAGGUCUGCAGGCAGAGAAACAAGCGCACCCAGCUGGAUGAGAUCCACACCAAAGUCAUGCAGGUGGUUAACUGGCUGCAGGGUCCGGGUUCUGAGCUGCUGAAGAACCACCAAGCCAUUGGAGACUCCAUCCGAGCAGCUCAGGCGCUGCAGCAAAAACACGAGGAAAUCGAAAGUCAGCACAGUGAGUGGUUUGCCGUCUAUGUGGAGUUGAACCAGCAGAUUGCUGCCUUGCUCAAUGCCGGGGAGGAAGAAGAGGUGGUGGAGCUGAAGGCGCUGCAGCAGCAGCUCAGUGACGUCUGCUACCGACAGGCAGCUCAGCUGGAGAACCGACAGAACGUCCUGCAGGCGGCUCAGACCUUCCACAGCACCACGCAGGAGUUAUCGCAGCAGCUGGACGGCCUUCUGAGCAUGCUCUGUGCUGACGUGGCUCCAGCUGACGGAGCAUCGAUUCAGCAGAACCUCAAGCUGCUGGAGGAGAAACUUCAGGCUGUCGAGGCAGGUCUGACCUGUCUGCGGCAGAAGGGGGGGAUGCUGCUGGAGCAGAUGUGCAGCCAGUCGACGUGGUCUCUGGAGGAAACGGAGAGCCCGGCUGGAGAGCAGCAGGACAAUGUUCAGCAAAUUCAGUCCGUCAUGGAGGAAAUGCAGCUCCGCAAACAGAGGUGUGAGGACAUGGUGGAUGUCAGGAGGCUGAAGAUGCUUCAGAUGGUCCAGCUGUUUAAAUGUGAAGAGGAUGCUUUACAGGCUGUUGAUUGGCUCAGCGAGCUGCUGGACGCUCUGCUGAAGACCCACGUCCGGCUGGGCGAUGACUCUCAGGAGACCAGGACCAUGUUGGACAAACACAAGAAGUUUGUGGACGUCGCUCAGAGCACCUAUGAUUAUGGCCGGCAGCUGCUGCAGGCCACCGUGGUCCUCUGCCAGUCGCUGCGCUGCACCACCCGCUCAUCUGGAGACACCCUGCCCCGACUCAACCGGGUCUGGAAGCAGUUCACCGUCAGCGCCGACGAGCGGCAGCAAAGACUGGAGCUGGCUCUGAACUUUCAUACGGCCACUGAGAGGGUUCUGCAGCAGGAGAGUGUGGAGCUGGACUCUCUGGAUGAAGUCGACUCUUCAGGGAAAACGUUGCUGGACCGACUCACCUUGCCUGUCAUCUUCCCUGAUGGGAGUGAACAGUUCUUUGGGACUCCCAGCGACACUGCCACAGCAGCAGAGGGGGUCAGAGAGCGCCUCCUGCUGGUGGAGGAGCGGCGCCUCCAGCUGCAGGAGGCCCGGCUUCACACAGAGGACGGCGGGGAGGAAAAAGACAUGCCUAAUGGCCAGGAGGGGCGACUGGAUGUCAUCGGAGAAGAACUGAGUGAGAAAGAGGAAGGAGAGGAGGAGACGGAACGAAGGAUCGACGACUCUGUGACAGAGAUCCCGGAUUGCUAAUGGAUCUGUGAUGACGAGCAGCAGCCUUAAGGAGAGAAAAUGAAGGGCUGCCAAUCAAUCUCAACACCUCUGGGAGAGGAGCGCCCUCUGCAGGUUGUUGCAGCUUACUUUUGCUGACUGUUGGAAUUCUUUCCAUCACAUCACUCCUCAGCCUUAAUGCUUUGUCUUCUAAAAAAAAGGAUGAAAGUGUCUCAUCAAGAUUCAAAUCUCUGCUUUUGCCAUCUAUAGUCCAAAAUAUCACAAAUGUCCAAGAUAUGAACUGAAAAACUGAUCUCUUCAUCUGAGACGUUUCCUCAUGGAUGCUCCUGAUGUUCUGGUGAAACUGCAUCCUUUUAUCCACUGACGUGGACGGAGCUUUUUCCAUCUCCCUGAUGGUAUCGAUCCAUCAUCUAUGGUUGUUACAUUUAAUCCUGCAGACCGUCCAUCUGUGAGACAGAGCUCUUAUCUUUUAUCAGAUUUACAAAGUGGAAAACCGUUAUUGACUGUUACUGAGGAGAUGCAGCGCCGGCGAGUCCCACAGACUAAACAACGCUCAGACCUCUGAGGAUCAUGAGGUUUUGAGGUCAACUUUUUUCUAUGUAAGAAAUCCGUUUUUUUUUUUUUUUUUUUAAACCAACAUCCAGAUCACACAUCCAGUGCUUUAACCUAAAAUGUUUUAAAGAAAAGAAAUAUGCAACUAAAACAAACGUGCCAAAAACUUGAGAAUUACCCUGGAAAAAUCACUACAACGUGACAAAAAAAAAAUUUCAAAGUAUAAAAACAGAACUGCAGUACAAAAUGCAAAAAUUUACGUUUUUUUUAAAACUAGCAUUAAAAUACGAAUAGACUUUGAGAUUCAUUCUGAAGCAGAAGGUGUUAAUGCCUGUUAGCUUAGUGCAGAUGGGAGUUUUCCUAUGAGUUAACCUGUUGAACCAAAGCUGGUAAAAAAAAAAAAUAUAAGUAUAUUUAUGGAGUGAGUGAUACGGUUUACUAUAAUUUCUCACAAUGAUCUGGAUUUCACUGGAGAUCUAUACGUGUGAUCAACAUGUACAAGCUAACACAUCUGUGAUAAACUGGAAUAAAAUCAACAUCCACUUUGUCUAAAAGCAUGCCGACAGUGUUUCCUGAGGAACUGGGACUUUUUAGAAAUAUUCUGACAGGAUUUUUGAAGGGCUGAGAGGUUUUCCUUACUUUGCAGUUGUAAAAAAUUAAUAAACCACCAUCCUCCAGCUUAUUCAGGUUUGGUACAGAGGUUCAUAUGCAGACAAGUCGGCCUCAGCAAAGGACAGAUGCCUCUUUUUAUUGAUCAUUUUUUAAGCAUUUCUUUAACUAAAAUUGGUGUUUUGAGCCAACAACUGCUGCUGUAAAUGUAACUGCUAGUCGCUGAGCUCGCCUUCUGUCUUCAUGAGGCCAGGAAUCAACACAACGGCUGAAAAUAAAGAGUAUUUACCUGUC